ACACACAGAUACACUCAAGACACACAGAGGAUAAAGAUAAAAGACAGAAGAAGCCCAAACCCAAGACUGAAGACCUCCAGCAGAGAGAGAGAGAGAGAGAGAGAGAGCAGGAUGUCGGAUCAAGUAGAUGUUGUGUACAUAGUGGUGGAGCUGCUGAUUGCAGUGACUUCUAUCCUGGGGAAUGUCCUGGUUUGUUGGGCUGUCAAAAUCAAUCGUUCUUUGAGAGACACGACCUUCUGUUUCAUUGUGUCCCUGGCUCUGGCUGACAUUGCAGUGGGGGCUCUGGCUAUCCCCCUGGCCAUCACCAUCAGCCUGGGGAUGAAGACACAUUUCUACACCUGCCUCUUCAUAGCCUGCAUCUUGCUGACAUUGACUCAGUCCUCCAUUCUCUCCCUGCUGGCCAUCGCCGUGGACCGCUACCUGCGAGUCAAGAUCCCAACCAGGUACAGGAUCAUUGUAACCCAGAGGAGAGCCUGGAUUGCCGUAGCCAUCUGCUGGCUUGGAUCUUUUUUGAUUGGCAUAACACCCAUGCUGGGCUGGCACAACAGGAGCAGCGAGGCUGUGCAAGAGCAAGAGAAGAACUCCAGCGAGAGAUACAUCACAUGCAAGUUUACGUUAGUCGUCCGAAUGGAUUACAUGGUUUACUUUAACUUCUUCGGCUGGGUCCUCUUCCCUCUGUUGAUCAUGUUCGGGUUGUACGCUGAAAUAUUUUACUUGAUAAAGAAACAACUGAGCAAGAAGAUGGCCAAGGCUACGGACUCGAGACGAUAUUUUGGAAAAGAACUUAAACUCGCGAAAUCACUGGCUUUAGUUCUGUUCCUCUUCGCUGUCUGCUGGCUACCUUUGCAUACCAUGAACUCCCUUAAAUAUUUUUUCCCAAAGUGGAAAGUCACGAAAACUGCCUUCUAUAUCGGAAUAUUUAUGUCCCAUGCAAAUUCAGCUGUGAAUCCAGUGAUAUACGCUUUCAGAAUAAAGAAAUUCAGGGUAACGUUUUUUCAGAUCUGGAAAAAAUACAUCCUGUGUAAAAAUGAAAACUUAAGUAUCUAUAAUUACGAUGGCAGAACAGCCACAGAAAACAAUAGCAGUGUUUGAU